AUACAAUGACCUUGCAGCUUGAACUUUAAACUGGUAGACCAACCCAGUUACUGUUUUCAAACAAGAUCUACAGAUGAAUUAUGGCUUCGCGGCAUGUUCCCUACACGGAUAUUUCAGAUAUGGGACGGGCAGCACAGGAGACUGAAAUACAGCGUGCUGCCAAUCAACAGCUUAUUGAAGAAGGUAGAAUAAUUAAGCACAAGGAGCUUGAAAAAAUGAGACGCGAAGAGGAAAGUAAGGAUGACAGUAGUAGUGAGCGUCCUGACGUUAUCAUUAAAAUUAAUAAUGGAAGCACUUCACGCCUGAGUAGUCAGCGUUCUUCGGCCGAUUUAGCAUCAUCAAUCAGCUCAAGGAAUUUGGAUGCACGUGAGCUACGAGCCCAGUUACUGCAGUUGGAAGAAAAGGUUAAGGGGGCAAUGUUGUCAAAUGUUCAACUAGACAAUGAUAAACAACUUUUGAAGUAUGAAGUUGAUUUGCUCAAAGAUAAAUUGGAAGAUCUUACAGAUGCUUAUGCUUCUUUGAACAAAAUCUUCUUAGAAAACAAACGGGAAUUGGCUUAUCAAAAAAUGCAAAUUGUUGAAUUAACACAUCGUUUGGAUUAUGCACGUCAUCAAAUAGAGGCACGUGAUCAACUAAUUGUUGAACAUGGUUUAGUAUUAAUUGGUGGCACAAAUGUAGAUGACAAUCCGACGUCUAACAUGGAGGAGUUAACAGCAACCAAUGCACAUAUGUCAUCUACGAAUAAGGGAAAAUUCACGAGUAAUGAUAGUAAUUUAGUAAUGAUGAAUGGUUUGUCCAAUAAUAAUAAUAAUCAUUCAAAAUCAAAUUCAUUGAUACAUCAAAAUGGUGAUAAAUCAUCAAAUCAUUUACCCGAAAUGGUUCUUAUCACAAAAUCGACAGCUGAACUCUUAAAUACUUUAUCUGAAACAACAUUAGAUAAGCAAAUUCAACAGUUGUUUAGUAUGCGAUCCGAAUUAGAUGCACGAGUUGAGGAAUUAGAAUCUCAGUUAAGAGAAGAACGUAAACGCUUCGAGGCUCCAACUACACGUUAUGAUUCAAAGAAUCGUACAAAUAUAGCAAAUGCAGAAGAUAUUAAACAUGAACUACAACAAAGUCGUAAUCAAGCUCAAGAAUAUAAACUGAAAUUUCAUGAAUCGUCUCAAAAGAUAUCAGCUCUUGAAAGCGAUAUUGUGCGUUUGGAAGGUCAAACUAAACGAUAUAAAGCCAUAGCUGAUGCUUGUGAAGAACAAGAAGAAAUUUUAAAACAAGAUCGAAGAAAAUGUCAACGUGAAAUUAACUCUACUGAUGAACUAAGAGAGGUUCAAUCAAAAUUGGAAGAUCUUAAGGCAGAGAAUGCUAGACUACAACGGGUUGUGGAUAAAUAUAAUCGAGGUUCUACUGUUCCAGGUAGUUUGGCACCUGGUGCUAGCAGUACUAUACGUCAGGCUCAUGAUUCUUCUGUCAAUAGAUAGUUUAUAUAUAUAUAUAUAGUGAAAGUUAAAUAUGUAAUGUGAUAUUUAUCAUCUAAAUUGCUUUCCCUAAAUUCUUAUCUAUUCGUUGAUUUAACUGCUGUCAAAUAUAUGAAUGUAUGUGUUUAUCUUUAAUCCAAAGAUUUUAUAGUUGAAAUUUAUUCACUUUCUAUUCUAUUCUAUUCUAUGCUUUUUUAUCAUAUGGUUCACUUGAAAUAUCACUUCAAUUUAUCCAGUAAUUGUGUGUAUAUUUUAUUCAGUAAACAAUAUCGCUAUAUAUAUGUAUAUAGACCAGUUUAUACAUAUAUAAUAAUAUACAUUUGUUUUGUAUAAAUUGAAUUAACAUCAGAAUUGAGGGGAAAGAAUAAUUGUUCUACUCAAUUCUCUUCUAAUUCGAAUGUGACAAAUUAUCUUCACUAAUAAUUGUAAUAGUAAUAAUCACAACAACAACAACAACAAAAAUCUGCACAGCUUCAGAAAAUUCCCUUUCAAAAAAUAACUCGACUAUUCAUAUCAUCAAAGUAUAUAAUUCUAUUGUUUCAUCUAAGAAAAAUAAAAGUAAGUUAUAUAACAUUCAAUACAUACAAUACACAAUUAGGAUUGUAAAUGUUUACUAUCGUAUAUUUAUAUAACAUGUUUCCAAUACUCAGGAACAUGUUGACGAAUAGUUAAUAUUAAUUAACUUUUGAUAAAUGUUUUCUCAUUUCAUCAAAACCUGGUGUAAAACCUUGUUAUUCAGUGUUUUUCUUAGAGUUUAUUUACUAAUGUAAACAUUAUAUAUAUAUAUAUAUAUAUAU